CUUCUUCCCUCGUUCCUUCCCCAAGUGCCAACCUCGUCUCUUCGCAAAACCCUAACAAGAAAUCCUGAGCCAAUUCGAUUCAGUUACAAUGUAAGUCGGGAAUCAGAUCCCACAGCUCCCUUUACUCUCCUUCAGUGGAGAAAGAUCAAGACCUGAAUCGUUAUUCACCAAACAAAUCGUUCUAUCCGAUUAAGCUGAGCUGAGCUGAUCGCGACUCCCAAAUUCUCCUUUUGAGUGUGUGGAUGGAAGCUUAAAGCUGCGGAAUUGUUACUGAUUUUGAUGGGUGGUGGCUGUUUCAGGUCGCAGGAGGAGAUUGCGAGGGAAGCCAUCAAGCACGCCAUGAAGGCUCUUAGGAAGCGCCAUUUGAUGGAAGAAGGCGCACAUUCUCCUGCUUUUGUUGCUCUUUCCAGGCCCAUUAUCUCCCAGGGCUCAGAAUGGAAAGAGAAAGCAGAAAACUUGGAAGUUGAACUUCAGCAAUGCUACAAAGCUCAAUCUAGAUUGUCUGAGCAGCUAGUGGUUGAAGUAGCAGAGGCCAGAGCAGCAAAAGCUUCACUUCAGGAGAAAGAAGCCACUAUUGGUGAUCUACAGAAGGAAUUGACUCAAAUAAGGGAUGAAUGCUCCCAACUAAAGGAAGAUUUGGAAGAGAAGCUCAAAGGAUUGGAACUAAUAGUUGGUGAGAAUCAGGAGCUGAGAAAGCAAUUGGAGGAGAUGACUACUAAGGCUAAUAAUGCAGAGGCAGAGAACAAAAUGUUGGUCGAUCGCUGGAUGCUGCAAAAGAUGCAGGAUGCUGAGCGCUUGAAUGAGGUGAAUUCACUUUAUGAAGAAAUGGCUGAUCGACUGAAGGCAAGCGGCCUAGAAAAACUAGCUCGGCAGCAGGUAGACGGAGUGGUCCGCCGUAGUGAGGACGGGGCCGAGUACUUUGUCGAAUCAAGCAUUCCUUCUUCAUGCACACACAAGAUCACGGCUCACAACGAUGGCUGUGGCUCUAUCUUAUUCGAGUACAAUUCGGGCAAACUGAUCACUGGCGGACACGACAAGUCAAUCAAGAUUUGGGACACCAACACUGGCGCUCUCAGCCGCACUCUCAACGGCUGCCUAGGCUCAGUUCUCGAUCUCUCCAUCACACACGACAAUAAAUCUGUGAUCGCCGCAAGCAGCUCCAACAAACUCUUCGUUUGGGACGUAAACUCGGGUCGCCAGCUCCACACUUUAACAGGCCAUGUGGACAAAGUAUGCGCAGUGGAUGUCAGCAAAGUUUCCAGUCGUUAUGUUGUCAGCUCGGCAUAUGACCGGACCAUCAAACUGUGGGACCUGCAGAAAGGUUACUGCACAAACACCAUCAUGUUCCACAGCAACUGCAAUGCCUUGUGUUUCAGCACCGAUGGGCAGACGAUUUGUUCGGGUCACGUGGAUGGGAACCUCCGGCUUUGGGAUAUCCAGUCUGGAAGGCUGCUGAGUGAAGUCGCGGCUCAUUCUAGUGCUAUCACGUCGUUAUCGUUGUCGAGGAAUGGGAACACGAUACUGUCAAGUGGGAGGGAUAAUCAGCACAACAUCUUUGACAUCCGGUCUCUCGAAGUUUGUGGCACGCUGAGAGCGAGUGGGAACAGGGUGGCGACGAAUUGGAGCAGGUCGUGUCUCAGUCCCGAUGAUAAGUAUGUCGCUGCUGGCUCGGCCGACGGGUCAGUGUACAUUUGGUCGGUGUUGAAAGGUGAUAUAGUCGGCACUCUGAAGGAAGAUACGACUGCGGUGUUGUGCUGUUCGUGGAGCGGGCUAGGGAAACCGUUGGCAUCUGCGCACAAGAGCGGGAUUGUUUGUAUUUGGAAAUGAUGCUGGAAACUUGGAACUAUUGGAUAUGUAAAUAACAAUUAUAUGUUAGUUACUUUCUGGUAUUGUUGCGGGAUGAGUGAAAAAAGUGGGAACUUACCCUUUGGUGGGUUCUGUGGUAGCCUGGCAGGGGAUUUGUUUCAGUUGCACAAUGUCUUGUGAGGUCGAUGGUGGUGGUGUAAAGAGGCCAUGUUGGUUGAUUGCAUAUUGCCGAAAGAAAUGGUGUAUUCGAUUCAUUUGGUUCAAGAGCAUGUAUAUAAAUUAUAUAUAGGGCUGUUAAUUAACCAAGUCAAUGACAUGACGUUCGAUUU